AUGAAGUUUAGUUUCUUCAAGGCGCUAGUGCUCUCAGGGGUUCCAGGAACAAUUUCAGAAGAUUUUUCUAAUGGCUACCUCCUAGGAGAACUUCUACAUAAAUACGAUCUUCAGGAUGACUUUGAUCAAUUUUCACAGAGCAGGGUUGCAAUUGCAAAACUUAACAAUUUUUCUCGCCUGGAGCCCACGCUUCAUCUCCUUGGUGUACAAUUUAAUGAGAAUGUGGCCAAAAACAUCAUGACAGGACAGCAUGGGGCUGCAACAAAGCUUUUGUAUGAAUUGUAUAUCGCUUUGGAAAAAAAGAGAAAGACAAACCUCACCAGAGCAGCCAUGGAAGGAAUGAGACCUGCAGCAACCGUAAAGCUUAAGUCUAUUGAAAGUGUUUUGUAUCGAGAGCGUUUGAAAACUUUAACACCACGUCAGGUUGAUUUGCAACUACAACAGAUUUCAGAGCAGUUUGAAAAAAAAUCUAAGGCAGCAGAAGAUAAAAUAGCUCGUAAACAUAUUGCAGAGCAACAGAAAAUUCAGAAGCUCCAAGAGGAACGAAGAGCCCAGGAAAUUGAAAAGCAUCGUAUAGGAAGAAAGAAACAAAAUGAAAUAAUGGCCAGGAUUCAAGAAGCCAUUUUACAGACUCCAAAGCCACCACCAAGCCACGCCAUAAAAGCUAUUGAAGCAAAAAAAUUCUUAAAGAAGAAAAGAGAAGCAGAGGACACAUACAAGGAGAUUAGUAAGUUUGAGAAUGAUAUACAAGAAUCAUUGCAAACACAGAAGCUGCAAGAAACAACUCCAGAAACUACAGAACAGACAGCAACUGAGCUAUUAAGUGUUUAUUCAGAUGAUGACUAUAUCAGGAAAAUUAAAAAACGUUUAGAGGAAGAGACGUUUUCUAGAGAACAACGAGAAAAGAGACGGCGAAAAAUGUUAAUGGACCAGUUAAUAGCACAUGAAGCUGCAGAGAAGGCUUAUCGGGAGGAGCAACUAAUUUACAGAUUAUUGAGACAAACUCAGCAGGAGCGGAGGAUUGCUGUUCAACUCAUGCAUGUUCGACAUGAAAAGGAAGUGCUAAGGCAAAACAGAAUUUUCAGGGAAAAACAAUAUAAAGAAAGACGACUGAAAGAAUUCCAGGAAGCUCUUGACAGAGAAAAGGCUCUUGCAAAACAAGAAAAAAUUGAUUAUGAAGAACAAAUUAUCAAAGAAAGAGAACAUCAUGAGAAAAUUGCCGCUGAAAGAGCUCAGGCACGUUAUAAAAAGCAUUAUUCAGUAUGCUGGGAAGUGGUCAACCAAAUCAUUGAUUUGUCAACACAAAUAGGAGAGUAUCGUCUGCUGACAGACAA